AUCUCGGUCGUCAUGUGCGUCGCAGGCGUAAAGAGUAUCGCAAUCGUGGAUCAAGAUCUCGAUCGUGAUGAGCGUCGCAGUCGUAAAGGGUAUCGCAAGCGUGAUCAAGAUCUCGGUCGUAAUGUGCGUCACAGUCGUAAAGAGCGUCGCAAUCGUGAUCUGUCGCUCAGGUCGGAGAAAUCGGUGGUUCGCUGUCAGGAGCAU